CAACAUGACCGUAAUUAUUUUGCAGUGACCGUGGCCUUCCAUGCAUACACUGCUAGCUAGCUGCCUUACGAGAGUCCUGAGACUUGCUCACCGUGUAACACAAUGGCUCGCCACCUCCUCCUGGUCAUGGUGGCCGUCGCCCAGCUCGUGCCCCGCGCCACUGGCUACCCGUGGCCCGAGUGCGGCGGCAACAAGACGUUCAAGGGCAACAGCAAGUACCAGGCCAACCUCAACCACGUCGCCGCCAUGCUGCCCAACAAGGCCUCCGCGUCCGCGAAACUCUUCGCCACCGCGGCCGCCGGCGUCGCCCCGGACCGAGUCUGGGCCAUGGGGCUCUGCCGCGGCGACUCCGACGCCGCGUCCUGCUUCGCCUGCCUCACCCAGGGGUUUCAGGACCUGCCCAACGACUGCUCCUACGACAAGGAAGCCACCAUCUACUACGACGCCUGCAUCCUCCACUACUCCGACGCCCGCGUCCUCUCCGCCGCCGACACCGGCCUGUCGGCCGACACGUAUGCCCAGCCAUUCCUAGUGAAUAUCACGUCGGACCAGGCGCGGUUCAACCGCAUAGUGGCCGACCUCAUGAACGCCACCGCGGAGUACGCCGCGUACAACUCCACGCGACGCUUCGCCACCGGGGAGGCCGACUUGGACCAGGAGUUUCCCAAGGUGUACAGCCUGGCGCAGUGCACGCCGGACCAGACGCCGGCGCAGUGCCGGGAGUGCCUCGCCGGGAUCAUAGCGUCGACCCUGGCGGAUUUCUUCGAGAACGACCUCGCUCCCAGGGCGCUUUGGGUCAAUUGCAACUACCGGUACGAGGUGGGAGGACUCGGAGUCGGGGGGGCCUUCUACAAUGUGCCGGCGAUGGUCCGGCUCGCAUCAUCGCCCCCUGCAGCUCCAGCUGUGCAUCCAGAGAUUGAGCCGCCGCCGCCGACGGCGGGAGGUGAGCUCAAAGUACUAACAGGGGGAAGGAAGUACAGUGUGUCCGGUCUGGUUCUUGUAGUCAUGCUGCCUACUCUAGCAGGCUUGAACCUUGUCGCUUGCCUCUGUUUCCGGAGGCUUCAGCGGCCAGCAGCACAAGCGAAACAGCAAUAUCCUAUGCAUUCCGGCAAAGCAGAGGACAUCGAAAUGGUGGACUCGAUGCAGAUCGACGUGUCCACACUGCGAGCCGCCACUGUGGACUUCGCCGAGAGCAACAAGCUCGGCGAAGGCGGCUUCGGCACGGUGUACAAGGGCGUCCUCCCCAACGGCGACGAAAUAGCGGUGAAGCGGCUGUCGCAGAACUCGACGCAGGGAGUGGAGGAGCUCAAGAACGAGCUCGCUUUGGUAGCCAAGCUGAAGCACAAGAACCUCGUCAGGCUCCUUGGCGUCUGCUUGGAGCAGCAGGAGCGGCUGCUUGUCUACGAGUUGGUCCCCAACCGGAGCCUCGACCUGAUCCUUUUCGAUGCUGAGCAGCGUGAGCUUCUGGACUGGGGCCGGAGGCACAAGAUCAUAAACGGCAUCGCCCGGGGCCUGCAGUACCUGCACGAAGACUCGGAGCUCAAAGUUGUCCACCGUGAUCUCAAGGCCAGCAACAUCCUGCUGGACGCGGAAAUGAGACCCAAGAUUUCUGACUUUGGCCUCGCCAGGAUUUUCGAGCGUGACCAGACCCAGGCCGUCACGAACCGCGUCAUCGGCACCCAUGGGUACAUGGCGCCAGAGUAUGCGAUGCGGGGUAACUACUCCGUUAAGUCGGACGCGUUCAGCUUCGGCGUCAUGGUUGUGGAGAUCGUCACGGGGAGGAAGAACAACCACAGCUACGACUCCCAGAAGAAUGGAGACCUCGUGACCACCGUAUGGGAGCACUGGGAGGCCGGGACGGUGACCGAGUUGGUGGACCCGUGCAUGGGCGGCAGCUUCCCGGUGGGCGACGUGCUGAGAUGCAUCCAAGUUGGGCUGCUGUGCGUCCAGGGAGACCCGGUGGCCCGGCCGAUCAUGUCGUCGGUUGUCAUGAUGCUCGGCAGCGAUACGGUCAGCCUCCAGGCCCUUUCCAAGCCCGUGUUUUUCACCAGAAACGCCGCUGCUUGCACAACCAAGGAUCCUAUUGAAGACAUGUCAAACACAUCAAACGUGACUACUAGAAAAAUAACCUCUCGCCCUGAGGCUUAGUACCUGUCACAACUAUUAGUACGGGAUACAAGUUUGGGGUUCCGCGAUACCAGGUGAAGCCUCCACCCUGUACUACACGAACACAAAGCACCGGCGAGGGAGACAAUGAACACAAGCUGUUUCCGGCGACGAACGCCGCGGCCGACACAACGGCCUGUAUCUUGGCACUUUUUAUUUCUCUGGAUUUGGCAACUUAAACAA